GGCCAAGUCUCGCGGCCUUUCCGUUUCCCGUUCGCAUUGCCGUGGCGCUGCUGGUCUUGUGAGUCGUUGGGCGGAGAGGGAGCCUCGGUCCGGGCGCGAUGUCGGGGGCAGCGGGGGGCGCGGCGGGCUCGGCCCGAAAGCGGCUGCUGAAGGAGGAAGACAUGACCAAAGUGGAGUUCGAGACCAGCGAGGAGGUGGACGUCACGCCGACCUUCGACACCAUGGGCCUCCGAGAGGACCUCCUGCGCGGCAUCUACGCCUACGGUUUUGAGAAACCUUCAGCUAUCCAGCAGAGAGCAAUCAAACAGAUCAUUAAAGGAAGAGACGUAAUUGCACAGUCACAAUCAGGAACAGGCAAAACAGCAACAUUUUCCAUCUCUGUGCUGCAGUGUCUGGACAUCCAGGUUCGUGAAACCCAGGCAUUGAUUUUGGCACCUACUAGAGAAUUGGCAGUACAGAUUCAGAAGGGUCUUCUUGCUCUUGGUGACUACAUGAAUGUCCAGUGUCAUGCCUGCAUUGGUGGGACCAAUGUUGGUGAAGACAUCAGGAAGCUGGAUUAUGGACAGCACGUUGUAGCUGGUACACCAGGACGUGUAUUUGAUAUGAUUCGCCGCAGAAGUCUAAGGACUCGUGCUAUUAAAAUGUUGGUUUUGGAUGAAGCUGAUGAAAUGCUCAAUAAAGGUUUCAAAGAACAGAUUUAUGAUGUGUACAGAUACCUUCCCCCAGCAACACAAGUAGUUUUGAUCAGUGCUACCUUGCCACAUGAGAUCUUGGAGAUGACCAACAAAUUUAUGACUGACCCCAUCCGCAUUCUGGUGAAACGUGAUGAAUUGACUCUAGAAGGGAUCAAACAGUUCUUUGUGGCUGUUGAGAGAGAAGAAUGGAAGUUUGAUACACUGUGUGACCUGUAUGACACACUCACUAUCACACAGGCGGUCAUCUUCUGUAAUACAAAGAGGAAGGUUGACUGGUUGACUGAGAAAAUGAGAGAAGCCAACUUCACUGUUUCAUCAAUGCAUGGUGACAUGCCUCAGAAGGAGAGGGAGUCCAUCAUGAAAGAGUUCAGAUCUGGGGCAAGCCGUGUUCUUAUUUCUACAGAUGUUUGGGCUAGAGGCUUGGAUGUACCUCAGGUUUCCCUAAUCAUUAACUAUGACUUGCCCAACAACAGAGAAUUGUAUAUACACAGGAUUGGUAGAUCAGGUCGCUAUGGCCGAAAAGGUGUUGCCAUCAACUUUGUAAAGAAUGAUGAUAUUCGUAUUUUGCGAGACAUUGAACAGUACUAUUCCACCCAAAUUGAUGAAAUGCCCAUGAACGUUGCUGACCUUAUUUGAAGAAACAAGAUAGACUGAAGAGAGAGAAGAUGGACUGAAGAGAAAAAGAGUGUAUCCUGUUACCAGUGAUGUUACACAACUGCAAUCAGGGGCUGCUUUUAAUUUUGCUUAUUGAUACAGUACUUGUGUUUAAGAAUUUUAUGAAUGUAACUCCCAGAUGGUUAGAUGUAUAUCAUGUCCUUCAGUCUAAGCCUCUAUUUUUGAACAUAGCAUUCACUGAAUGUUCCAUUUGCAAAAAAACUAACUUUGGAAGCAGCUAAAAGUACUUAGCCAAGGGUGGGGUGGGUUGGGUUGUUUAAAAAGACAAACACAUUCUCAUAGUAGAAUCUUACCUAUGUAGACAAUUUUUUAAUUUUUAUUUUAUCUUUUGGACAGAAGCUGUAAAUAAAGUGUUGUCAAUCCAACUUGCCACUCUUUUUCCUGAUUAGACAAUAAAGUUUUCAUAUAAAUGUUA